UCCGACGGGGAUGUUUGGCUACAAAAUGGUUGGCAAGAAUUCAAAGUGUAUUAUUCUAUAGGUCAUGGACACUUAUUGGUAUUUAGGUACGAUGGAAAUUCUCACUUUCAUGUUCUUAUAUUUGAUCUGAGUGGGACGGAGAUAGAAUACCCAUUUAGUGAUAUUCAUGUUGAACAAACCAACAACAAUGCGGGAUACGAAAUGCCCAAUACAGAUGGUAUCGAGGUUGAUGAUUCUGAUGAAAUUUUGAAUGAUUUUCCAGCAUGCCAGACAAGAGAAAUUAUAAAAGAAUGCAUUGGAGGCAUGGCUACCACACCAAGGCACCUCCAUUCUAAAGCUCCUGAAGGAAGGCGAAGAGGCGGAAGAGCUUCUGCCGAAAAAGAUAUAGCCUUUCAAAGAGCCAAAGCUUAUAUCGGAAGAUCCUUUCUUCAUGAAGAGAAAUGUGUACCAUUGGUAUUUGCCAGGAAAUAUUUUGCUGAUAAGCAGGACAUCGUGCUUCGAGUUUCUGAUGGGAGAACAUGGUCCGUUAAGUGCAAUUUCAGUAAAACAAAUGCAAAAAUCUCUGGUGGUUGGCAAUCAUUUGUGGAGGACAACAAUCUAAAAGUAGGUGAUGUUUGUGUCUUUCAGCUGAUUAACGGCAUAGAACCUUCGCUGAAAGUCAUCAUAUUUUGAGCAGUCGAAUGUGGGAAUUGUUGGCUGCUGCUGCAGGAUUUGGUAAUGUAUUGACUUAUAGAAGUCCAUUUUGUGUUCAUGAGA